GCAGGAAUCUUCAGUAUGAAUGCGUGCGAAGAGGGCUUUGCCACUGGUGGCCGAGACGGCUGUGUGCGUCUGUGGGAUUUAAAUUUUAAACCAAUUACUGUGAUUGAUCUCAGGGAAACAGACCAAGGAUACAAAGGUGACAUCUGUUUAUAACUUAAUGACGGCCAACACAUAUCUUUGUGUUUGUAUUAUAAAUGCAGGAACUUGAGUGGGAAGGAAAACCCCGUUAUUUACUUCCUCAAGGGGUGUAGAUGUUAUGGGGAUCUAAUUGAAAGGUGGUCUGCACCCAGAACUGCUCAGAUCUCUCCUAGUCCUACCCAUCCCUUCGUAGAGCACUCUGUUCCAAACCAAACUAAACCAAAAGUUCCAUGAUAUAACACAAUAAAACAUAUCCGAGGGCCUUAUUUCAGAUAUGGAGCAGUUAGAAGAGAUCUGUGGCACCAGAGUCAUAAAUCUUCUUUCCCCACCGCCACAGUUUAUUCCAAGGAAAGAAUGGUAGAUAGUCAGUGAUAGCUCUUCCUGGAACUCAGGGGUCUGGUGUCUACUAUACCCCCACUGCUCUCUAUAGUUCCCCCCUGUGCUGCCCCCCUCCCAGAGCACAGAAGGGCUUAGAAUACCAUUCUGUCAAUAACCUGAGUCCAGAGCCAAAGUCCCUCAGCUCUAGUUCGGGCUUUGCCUCUGCUCCUUUCAUACCGACAUCAUCCGGCGGGGGAGUCCUAAAGCGCUGGCAUUAGUAUUUCCCACAUAGGAAAGCAUGUAUAAUGCUUUCCUAUGGGAUUUUACAUGACGCUAUGCAUAAGGACGUCUGGCGUCAGGUGACCAAAAGUUGCCUAACGACCUGGAAGUCCCUCUGGUCUGAUAGACCGCCACUAGAGGUGGAGUUAACCCACAAAGGCAAUUAUUGCAGUUUAUUAAAAAGAGACUUGGGACGAUGACUCAGGUGGUCUUAGUUCCUAUAUUGUUCCUUUAAAUUCACACUUUGAAACCUGGUCGGAAAAUAGAAAUGAUAAACUUGUUGUUGGUUAUAUGUGAUGGGGAUGGCUUUGGCCGGAUGAGAAUUACCUGUGUUUCAAUGGGUAGGUAACUUCAGGUUUAUUGUGUGUAACCCAUAUUCGGAACAACCAGCAUGUUAUUAUCUAACAUUUGUGUCUGUAUGCCAUGCUUCAUUCAGUAAUGAAUGGAGCUGAAUUUUUCAUCAUGUUCUGAUUAAACUAUUCAUCUGAGACUGUGAAUCUAAUCAUAAAGUACAUCUCCAAUCAUCCUAUAUUACUUUUGCUGUACACUGUAUAAACUGGAAUAAAUAAUCUAAUAAACAGGCUACAUAAUAUGUAAAAUAACAGACACAGUCUGUCUAAGCCCACUUUGGAAAACAAGUUUUUUCUAAAAUAAUUUGAUCAUUUAAUGUUUGUUUUUCUGACUUUUCUUACUGCAUUAUUUCUGCUGUAGUUUUAUAUUCUCAGAAUUGUGUAGAAAUCUAUUUCAUUACACGAGUAAUAUGAAAUAUGAAUAUAUUAUGUAGAUAUAUGAUCUAUGUUACAAUUUGCAGUACCGAGAACCUCCUUUCCUCAGUGUUUUGAGUACGACUCCCAUCACCUUCAGCUAGUCAGGCUGUGGUAUAUGUCAUUUGAAAUUUUAGAAAUAGAUAUUUUUGCUUAAUGUGAAAAUGUAGGCUCUUUUGACCAGUCACCUAAUAAAAUAAAGCAUGGGAUGUCUGAUCAUUACUUGUUGGAAAUAGACUAGCAUUCAUCUGUUUUUGUGUUCUAAAUAGUUUUAUUUUAGCGAGUUACAUUUUGAUAUGUGCACAAUAGUUCAGGCCUAAAAUGAGGUCUGAAUAUUGCAUUUAAUACUGGAGUCCAAUUUCCUUAAUCCUAUUGGACAGCAUCUCAUUGUAAAAUGGACUUGUAAUGCCACAGGAUUCACUGGUUAAACAGCAACUGCAUUUUUGUAAUUUAUUCAUUAUUAAUUUUAUUUAUAUCAUGUGCAAGGCUGUAGUGGCACCGUCUGGCAUACAAUGUAAAUCAACUUGAUUCCCAUAAUGAUGUGUGUGUAGGCCCAUGAGUAUGUUACCACUGAAAGAAUGCUCAAGUGUGCAGACAAUGAUAUGAUUAUGGAAGAAGAUGCCUUAGUGUCAUGUUAAGAUGGCAGCUCAUCACCCAGAUGUACUGGGGAGAUGCAUGUGUUUUACACUUGCUUACACUGUACUCUUCAUCCCAGUAAACCAUCCAGAAGUAUGCCAGUUCUCUAUAAGUAUCAUAGCUUUUCACCUGGGUUCAACACAUAUGUUUUAUGGAACUGGGAUGGUGUUAUGGGAAUAACCAUGAAUGACCUUUGCUUCUUUUGUCUGGCAGGGUUAUCUGUUCGGAGCGUGUGUUGGAGAGGAGACCACAUCCUGGUUGGGACACAGGAUAGUGAAAUCUUUGAGAUUGUGGUGCAUGAGCGAAAUAAGCCCUUCUUGAUAAUGCAGGGCCAUUGUGAGGGGGAACUCUGGGCUCUGGCUGUACAUCCUAAUAAACCACUGGCAAUCACUGGGAGUGAUGACCGAUCAGUGAGGUUAGGACCUGAGCUACUGUCUACACUGAUACAGCAUCAUGCAACUAGCUAACAAUUAUCACUUCAAAUAGCCUUUUUGUAAUGUUUUUGUUUUUAACGUUUUUUUUUUUCCUCCCAAAAUCUUGUUCUGAGUUAUAUAUUCUGUUUAAAGAUUAUAAGGUAGGGCAAAUUUAUGUUGGAAGUAUUCUUUCUGAAGUUUUUAAUAAGGUCCAACCAGAAUGUCACCUGACACCUAAUGCUUAUAAGAGAUUGUCACUUUUUACUAUUACACCAUUGAAUUACAUUUUGAAAGUGAACAUUACCUAUAAAUUGUGUUUAAUCUUUUUUUUUUUAAUGUGAUGCUUCAUUUUCACUAAAAAAAGUACAUUAACGGGACUCUAUAGGAAACCAAAUCACUUAAUCUCAAUGAAGUGGUGUGGGUGCCAUGUCCCUGUUUUAACCCUGAAACUAAAAUAGUGCAGUUUUGCAGGAAUGGCAAUGUUUACAUUUCAGGUUUAAAAUGCCUCUAUAGGUUGUCACUCUGACAGCCACUAGGGGCACUUCUGCCGAAAUAGCCAAGUGAAACUCUGGUAUUUCAAUCAGAGGGUCUGAUUGGUGCAGUGCUGCAUCUUACCGCUUGUGUGCACAAGCCUCUCAAUGCAUUUUCAGUGGGAAAGCCUUGGAUUGGCUGAGAUCAUCUACAUUGAUGAUCUAAACCAAAAAGGCGGAGCUUCUCUAUGGAGACUGGCGUGGUGUGGGCUAAACGCUACGUAAAACUCACUCUUCUAACCCUCAGAUGGUGUGGGGAGAGGGGGAGGGGACUAUAGGAUAAACAGUUUAAAACGAUAGAGUUAGGAAUAUGUUUGUGUUUUAUGUUCAAUGCCAGAAAAAGGCAACAUGUAUAACAGUAAUCAACAGGGAGUCAAGAUGGAGAUGUCCAGUUGCAGAAUAGAAGUGUGGAUUUCUAUUUUUAUUUAUUUUUAUUAGACCUGAUAAAAUAUAUUUAUUAAAUAUAGGGGAUUGGUAAACACAAUUUAACAAGUCUAGGAAGUGUCUGUUCCCCUCUACAUCUCUUCCUUCUCACAACGCGUGCUAACUUGACUGGUGGCUGACCUAAACUGUCAACUUAUGUUACAUAGCAGAGACAGAUAGUAUUCUAACACUGGAUAGAUAAAACUUACUAAUCAAGGUAGGAUACAUUUUAUGGAAGAAUAAAAAAAUAGACUGAAUUUGUUAAGGAAUUUUAUUGUCCUAAAAUUAACUUGAUAUAACUAUUUAAUCAAGGGAUGCCCUUCAUGCCAUCCAAUGUAAAUGUAGACAUGAUUCACUUUCAACAAUGUCAUAAUUGAAAGGAUGCAUUAAAUGUUGUCAUUUUAAUGGCACAGUAUAUUCAUAAAUAGCAAACAAUACCGAGAACAAGGUAUAAAGGUACACAAAGCACUCUAUCCGCAUUCUCAAAGGGUAACAGUGUGCCUCGUAAGCCUUGUACACUGGAGAUACUAUAGACUGUAAUUGCAUCACACUCAGCUGUGUGUCAUCUGAUUAAUGGAAUGAUGGUAGUUCACAAAAUCUUUAUUGCACUUGACCCUCUUAUACCUUGCGGAAACAUUAAAAAUGGUUGACCACUCCAAAUUCACACUGAUCUUCUGUAAAUACAACACUACUGCAAAACUCUUGACAUUUUGAAUGAGAUGUUUUGACUGCAAUAUUUUUAAUGGAUAUUAUAAUCUAAAUGUAAAAACACACUGUACUAUAUGGUAGUGGAUAUCAUUUAAUAAAUGCUAGGUGAAAUGCUCUUUACAUAUAUGGGAUCAUAAUUGGAAUUCACCGGGAAAAAACUGCACAUUUUAGGAUAUGUCUGAGAUGGAAAUAUAAGCAUGUGUGAGAUCUUUCCAGUUCAGUUAUUUGGGCCUAAAAUAUUAUAUUCCACGUCCAUAAGUCAUGUCUAGUGAAUAGACCUGUUUAAUACAGAUCAGCCUCGAAAUAUAUUUCCUCCAUCUGCUGUCACGCUACAUCUCAAUACUGUGAGAUCUUCAGGAGAUGGGACCUAGUAUGGAUUGAAUGAACACUAUAGGGUCAGGAACACAACCAUGUAGCCCCCCCUUGUCUCUUUAAAUAUAGUAAAAUUUUACCUAUAUUCCAGUCUACUGGUGCUGGCACUGUCCCUCUCCUCCCCUCUUUCUUCAGACAUUCUGAUUCCAGUCAAUCACAAUGCUUUCUCACCAGAAAGCAUUGGAUUGACUGAGAUUGUCAAUUCUGAUGAUCUCAGCCAAGGAGGUGAGGCGGGCUGGGGCGGAGCCAAACAUAGCCCUGGCCAAUAAGCAUCUCCUCUUAAAGGUGCAUUGAAUCAAUGCAUCUCUAUGAGGAAAGUUCAGUGUCUCCAUGCAGAGGGUGGAGACACUGAAUGUCAGUUCUACACACUGUGCAGCACUGCCCCAGGAAGCUCCUCUUGUAGCCAUCUGAGGAGUGGCCAGUGGAGGUGUCCCUAGGGAACAAUGUAAACAAAAAGGCAGUGUUUACAUGAAAAUUGCUGCAGGGACUGAUUAUACCCACCAGAACAACUACAUUAAACUGUAGUUGUUCUGGUGACUACAGUGUUCCUUUAAGCCAAUCCCGGUAACAUGAAAAAGAGUUCAAUUUUCUGCUAUUGGUUUUUGAAAGAAUCCAUUAAUGAUGAAAUUAAAUUGCUCUUUCAGGAUAGUUUGAUUUCUGUCUGACAUUAAAGAACAUACUCUGUUUACUUAUUUUCUCAACACAAUUCAAUUAGUAUCUGUGAAUCUUUCAGCCGUACUGCAGUGCUUCCAGGAUUUGCUGAGACAGGACAAACGCAGUUUUUUUUUCUGCGUUCUCUGUUCCAGGUAAAGGCUUUCUAGUUAAUGAACUCUGGGUCUGUGCUGGCUCAUUAUCCAUUAUGGAUAUGAGGGGAGAGGAGCAGAAAAUCCAGAUUCCUGAACAAGACCUAUUCAAUUAUCCUGUCACAAUGUUUCAUCUCAGGAGAUUACAUUAGCAUAGCUAAUGAAAGUAAUAUGCUCUGCGUUUACUUGUGUUAGGAGUGAGCAUCACUGAAUUGCUCUUUGGCAAGAACAAAAAUGGCAAUGGUCAGAUUGAAGGAUGGAAUCGAACACAAAUUAAAGAUCUAUCUUUCACAUUCAAUAAGCUAUGUAUCUGUAUACUGCCUCGUGACUGUUCUGUGUCCACCCAUCUGUUCCACAUUUUCCUGUAUUUCUUUUGUCAUUCUCUGUUUCAUGAUUUCUGACUGUCCUGUAUCUACCUAUCUUUUUCUCCUAACUCUGUGCCAUUCCAUCAAUGUCCUUUCCAUCACCUCCUAUGGUUUUCUCUUGGUGCUUUGUCCAUGGCUUCCUGUCUUUUCCAGGACCUCAUUCUUGUGGGUUUCUUUGGUGUGUUCUUGCAAGGGCUGUUGUACAAUAUAUUAGGUCCAUCUGUUUCAAGACCCCCUGUCUGCUCUGGAAUGUGUGUUCCUCCAAUAAAACCUUUGCUGAAUAUCCGAUCAAUCUUCAGUAAUAAAAGAUGUUCCUUUACCAAUAAUUAUUUACACAUAAUUUAAUAAUGUCCUUGCCAUCCCUCUUCCAUUCAGCGAUUUCAACUUGAUUCAGAAAACCUUGGAUUGUGAACUGCAUACAAAUUACAAAAGUUUAGGUCACAAUAAGUUUCUGAGUUUUAGCCUAGUUUUGUAAAUUUGAGCAAUCUACUAUAAUACACUGUCCAAUUAAUAAGUGCUUUUGAUUUUAAACAUGGAUUCCAUUUGUUAUGAUCCUUAUGUAACACUGAAUCAGUUGCCGUAGAGUUGCAAGAAAUAGCUCGUGUUCUUGGACAUGUAUAAUUUCUACAUGCUGACUGGUAAUGUGUGAAAAGUUUUUUGUAUCUGAUAAUGACAGCAGUUCUAACUUUUGCAUUCUGCCGAGCAGUACAUGAAAUGUAUCGAGGAAAACAUGGCGGAUCUAGUGAUCCUAUGUUACCAUCAUGUUACUAAAUCAGGAUUGCCCAAAAGCUAGGACCCCAGUUGUUGUAGAAGUACAACUCCCAUGAUGCUUUUCCUAUCUUUAGAAUGCUUUAGAAAGCAUCAAGGAAGCUGUAGUUUUAAAACUUCUUGGGAUCUACCUUUUGAACACCCCUGUACUAAACAAUGUUACCGUUAUGUUGCCAUAACUUGACAAGGUUUUUCUUUUUCUGUUAUUUAUUUUUUAUCACAGAAUAUGGAGUCUGAUUGACCAUGCCCUUAUUGCUAGGUGCAAUAUGGAGGAACCUAUCCGUUGCGCUGCCGUUAGUACAGAUGGUAUCCAUCUCGCUCUUGGAAUGAAGGAUGGGUCUUUUACUGUGCUACGGGUCAGGUGAUGCAUCAACACAAACACACUCAAUCUGUUGCAGCAAUAAUAAUAAUAAAAUAUAAAGGUCCUUAAAUAUUAGUGUUAUGCUGAGACUGACACACAUAGCUUAACAGAUUUCAGGGUUCAUGGUUGGUAAAUAGCAACCUUUACCUCUCAUGCACACUUACUCUCACAAUUGCAAUGUUCCAUUUACACAUGGCAAUUAUGUAUAUGUGGUAAAGUGCUAAACAUGGAGCAAUCAGCUGGAGGUUUCUAUGGGGAUUGCUCCAUUUUUAUGUAAGUGUCCCAGUAUUGCUCUUUAUAAUUACCCCCAUGUGUCAGCAGUCAAUGGGCUUUGUGUGUAAAAAGCAAUUUUGGGGCAGUCACCAUGGAAACCACUGGAAUGUUUCUGCUAGUUGCUCCAUGUUAUAGAACUCCACCCCUCUUUUAGAGUAAUUUAUUAUUUUAGAAUGUAUGACCCCAAUAACUCUGACACAAGGCAGAAAGGAAGACGUAUUCACAUCAUCUUAUUGGGUUAAUCUCUAAAAUCCACCUCUGUUCUACAUUCACCUCUGUUCUACAUUCACCUCUGUUCUACAUUCUCCUCUGUUCUACAUUCUCCUCUGUUCUACAUUCACCUCUGUUCUACAUUCACCUCUGUUCUACAUUCUCCUCUGUUCUACAUUCUCCUCUAUUCUACAUUCACCUCUGUUCUACAUUCUCAUCUGUUCUACAUUCUCCUCUGUUCUACAUUCUCCUCUGUUCUACAUUCUCCUCUGUUCUACAUUCACCUCUGUUCUACAUUCUCCUCUGUUCUACAUUCUCCUCUGUUCUACAUUCUCCUCUGUUCUACAUUCUCCUCUGUUCUACAUUCUCCUCUGUUCUACAUUCUCCUCUGUUCUACAUUCUCCUCUGUUCUACAUUCUCCUCUGUUCUACAUUCUCCUCUGUUUUACAUUCUCCUCUGUUUUACAUUCUCCUCUGUUUUACAUUCUCCUCUGUUUUACAUUCUCCUCUGUUUUACAUUCUCCUCUGUUUUACAUUCUCCUCUGUUUUACAUUCACUCUGUUUUACAUUUAUCUCUUGUCUACAUUCACCUCUGUUCUUCGUUCACCUUUGGUCUAAUUCUCCUCUGGUCUACAUGACAAAAAUCUGUGUAUCUUUAAUAUCUCAUUAAAAAAUCACCGGUAUUAAGAUCCGCUUUAACAGUUUCUGGUCUUCUGCGAAGGGUUUUCAAAAUAUUUGGAGGAAUUUACUUUCAUUAAGACACAUCAUCCUGGUGAAAAGUAUUUUUGUGGUGAUACUGCUUACUGUGGCUCUUUGGAACUCUGUAGUCAGUAUUACAAUCAAGCAAUACAAUUUUUAUGGUCUUCGUCAUUUGUAAAUCUGCUGCUCAAAUCUUAUAUGGACUAUUACUUAGUGGUACAGCUUUUGUUAUUCUGAGAUUAAUCCACUUCAUGGGACAACUCACUAAGCCAAGGUUCCUUUGAUAAUUUUUAACCUCAUUUGAUUUGCGGGGAGUAGACUGGCCCAACCUUGCAGUUGGUGACCAAUAAAUAUGCACUUUUGACACUGUUUUGGUAAUGAGAGUGUUUCCAGAACAAAUCCUUAUAAACAAACUUUAAUACUGUAUAUUAGUUUGAACCCCUUAUAUUUUGCCUACAAAUUGUCCAGUGUUCGGAAGAUUUGUUUGUUAGAAAUACUGUGAAAAGGGACAGGCUAUCAUUAACUAUGGAACUAAAAUAAAAAAAGGUUUAUUUUUUUUUUCAAUUUGACAAUUGUUAUUGAGUCAAGAUCAUUACAUCGGGAUACAGAAGAGAAAAGGGUGUGCAUAUUCAACCCUAUCGCAGUAGGGAACGUAGUGUGAUUACAUUUCAGCCAGUGGUAAGCAGUUACAUAAAUACAUUUUUUUUUAAUUUAUUUGAGAGAGUGGUUUAUUAUCCCGUAAUAGGAUGGUGCCAUGACUGUACACUUAAGUUGUGCUUCCUGCCUCUGCCGGAGUGUUCCCCGGAUAAGUUCCAGGGCAUCCCUCUAGCUAACUCAUAGCUAUGCCGUUAAAACUUGGUCUUCAUGGCCCAUCUUUACGGUGACAUUACUAUGGAGUGUUAUUGAUCUAUGUUCGCUGCCAUCUGUCUCGUUGUGUUCUCCUUUGUGGUUUCCAAAUCAAAAGGUUUAUUUUUAAGUAUUCAUCUCUCAAUUAAAUCAUAUAGGAUAAAGAUGUAUGCCCACCUGUCCUCUAUUUUAUUUUUAUUUUUUCUGACAUUGAUUAAUGCAUCAAUAUAUUAAAGUAUUGAUUUCAGCUAAUGAGUAAAAGUGUGACUUUCUGUAACACAUUCUAUACAAGCGUGUAUCUAAUUUGUCACUGAAUAUGUUGUCUAACAGGGACAUGACCGAGGUUGUACAUAUAAAGGACAGGAAAGAAGCCAUCCAUGAACUCAAAUAUUCUCCAGAUGGCAGUUUACUUGCUGUUGGUUCCAAUGACAGUUAUGUAGAUAUCUACGGGGUUAUACAGCGAUACAAAAAAGUUGGAGAAUGUACAGGUUCGAUGACGUUCAUAACACACAUGGACUGGUCUUCAGAUAGCAAAUUUCUUCAAACCAAUGACGGCAGUGGGAAACGCAUGUUUUAUAGAAUGCCAGGUGAGUAAUAUCAGCUCUUAAUGACUACACCUAGAGAACAUCUGGACAGUAAUAUUAACCACAAAGGGGCAGAACACCUAACUAGUAAUGUAAUGUUGAAUAUAAGUGGCUGUUACAAGUGAAUGUUCUAUAGAAUGCCCAGCAGCAUUGUAACUCAAUGUUCUUCUUGAUGUGUGAUCAAUAACAUGGUGCAUAAAUGUUCACAACUAUCCAUUUGAGUGCAUAGUCCAUAAUAGCAACCAUCAUGUAUAAGUAUUAUUUGUUCUGUAGAAUACCCAGUGAAUAGUUAAGAAUGGGUACAACACUAGGAUGCUGUGUGUAAUGCUCAAUUGGAUAUAAUAACCGCAAAUGGCUGCUAGAACAUUGUAUACAAAUCCAAGUCACAAAUAAUGAACAGCAUUACUAGGAAUGUAGGAAUAACAAACAAAUGUUUUGUAAGAUGACCAGUCAAUAACGGACCGUGGCUACAUCAGUUGAAAGAUCUGUAAAAUAUCCAGUCGGUAAUUAAAAGCACCAUUGGCUGCAUCAAUAGACAGUUGUUUAUAAUGAUCAAGUCCACCAGUUGCUGUCAAUAGAAUAUAUGUCCAUUUACUAAUUAGUAGCACCAAUGGCGGCAUCAAUAUAAUGUUGAAUAGAAUACACAGUCAUUAUUUCUCAGCAACACUAACUGCCACAAUACAGUGUUAUGUAUAACACUCAAUCAUUAAUUAGGAACACAAAUGGUUGCAACAGUUGAAUGUUGUAUAGAAUGCCUAGUCACCCUUUGGAAACACCAAUGGCCACACCAGUAGAAUGGAGUAUAGAAUGCACAACAGAUACUAAUCCACCAAAUGUUGUAAUCUAGUUAUAUCAACACAAUUGGUAGUGGGAGAAUUAAGACUAAUUAUAUGCCAAUCCUAUUGGAUAUACAGUGCAUCUCAAGCACGAAUAGUGUCAUUGUAUCAACAACUUCUGUUAAGCCAAGCAGAUGUUCAGGGGAAAAUGUCAAGUUUUACCAAAAGUAUUUUAUGACAAUUGUAUACAUUACAUUUUAGUAGAUUUUAAAGGGGCACUAUAGUGUUAAGAACACAAACGUUGAGAGCAUUGGAUUGAGGAUCUCAGCCAGGGAGGCGGGGGAGGACGUCGUGCUGUCCAAUCGACUUUCUCUGAAAAGGCAGUGUUUACAUUAAAAAGCCUGCAGGAACAGACUAUAGACACCAGAACAGCUACAUUAAUCUGUAGUUGUUCUGGUGACUAUAAUGUCCCUUUAAGGGCACUAUUUGCUUCUGUAGACUGUGUCUAUUCUGCACAGAAAUGUCUGUCAACAUAUAAUGAACUGCGUUUCCUGAUCUACUUUCUAUAUCUUAGUAAAUUGAUGGUUUUUAAAGGUUGUGACAGUCAAGGCUCACUUAAUGUUUAUUUCUUUGCUUUUAAGGAGGUAAAGAUGUUUCAAACAAGGAGGAGCUUAAGGGCGUACAGUGGUCCAGGUGGACUUGUGUCUCUGGUUUGGAAGUAAAUGGCAUUGGGCCCAAAUAUUCUAAUCUUAAUGAUGUCAACUCUGUAGAUGCCAAUUAUCCUGGGCAGGUUCUGGUGACCGCUGAUGAUUAUGGGAUAGUAAAACUGUUCCGGUAUCCAUGUUUGAGAAAAGGUAAUUUUAAUAGCUGAUACAUGUCCUGUAUGGCUUUUGAAAUGUUCUUCCAAUCUGUGUCAUUGAUGUGGUGGAAUUUAUCUAACAAUUGGAAGACUAUACCUAUGUAGUAGUUUCACUUUGGGGAACCAUGCCUUGAAGACUAUGCCUUGUAGUAGUUUCACUUUGGGGAACCAUACCUUGAAGACUAUGCCUUGUAGUAGUUUCACUUUGGGGAACCAUACCUUGAAGACUAUGCCUUGUAGUAGUUUCACUUUGGGUAACUGUGAAACUGGCUAUAAGAACCCUGCAGAGAAACUAUGCUCCGUUAAUAGGGAUACAGUCCAACACAUUAUACAGUUGUAAAAGGAAUAGAAAACCUGUGCAAAGUGGUUCUAAUGCAGAGAGGAAAUGGAAAAAACAAAACAUUACAACAGUAUAUUUAAUAUGCUAAAUAAUUUAAACGGGGACUGGCCAGUCACACACUCUGCCAUGGACAGAAGAACUGGCAACUUGCCCAGUGUGAGCUCCUCCAAUCAGUCUGCCCCACACUUUCACUAAGGCUGAGUAAACACAUACUUACUGCACAGCACAUACUCUGUCCAGAUGGUUGGAGGGUGGCUGCAAGAGAACAGUGAUACCUGUACUUAUUCUGCUGAGUUCCUUGGGUGCCCUGCUAGCAGCCGUGAUGUGACAACACAUCACUACAGGGAGCGCAUAGGAGCUGUUCAGAAAGAGCACAUUGAUCCCAGGAUUCCCACUGGACCCCAGAGAAAGGAACCACUCAAACUGUCCCAAGCACAGAUAGAGGCUGGAUCUCAUAGGAAGAAAAAUAAAUAGUGUGAGCGAGUAUAUAUUAGAAUGUAUAUGCAUGUUCAUAGUGCAUGCAAGUGUGUGCAUGUAUGUACAGUAAGAUCAAGUGCACUCACUCAUUCCCUGAACAGCAGUUUCGAAGCUCACAGAAUGUAAUUUAUUUAUUCUUUAUAACACUUAACCUUGGCAAAAAUGAAGCGGUUUUAAUUAAAGUACAUGAUCAGACUUUGCAUAAGCCUGCCAUAGCGCCAAUGUACAUUGGGAAAUGUUCUUCUGAGGAUAACAAAAUGUGUGUAUUGGCAAUAUCUAGCUAUAGCUAGAAAAAUACAGCAGAUCCCUGCUUCCUCUAAAACUACUAAUGUUAAAGCUGCUUUCAUUUUUGUUUCCCAGUUUAUGCCACUCUUGGUGUAACUCAAACUUGCGGAAUUAAACGGGUAAUGUCCUACAUUGUCAUUUCUGUUCCAUAUUAAUGAUUUCCCAUUAAUGUUCGAUCAAUUUAAUUGCAAAGUGACACACUGUUAGACUCACGCUGCGCACAUUUUUCAUCAUUACUCAAUCAUUCGCCUUAGAUGGUGUAAAAUAAUGAUUUACGUGUAAGCUGUACUUAGCAGCAUGAAAGCAGAAAGAUGCAUUGCUUUUUCCACUCAGCUUCCAUUAAACAUCAUGAUUUGAGUUUUUUUGAAAUAAACAAAAAUGUCUUGUGCCCUUUGGGAGCCAAAAUAACUAAACUUGACUCAAUCUUAUCAACAUCAACAUCUAUUGUAGUUAUGGUUCAUUAUUUGAAAAUAUGAUACAUUUAGUUCACUGUCUAAAACAUUCAGCUUUCUUUACUGACCUGUUUACCAUGAUGAACUUUGGUUUCUCAGCAAACUUAUGGGAAUAAAUGCUGUUUCCAAAGUCACGGAGCUUUGAUGCGAUGGCAAAUACCAGAAGUUCCGAAACAAAGGGACAUAUUUCCAUAGGAGACCAUAGACGGCAAUGGCAUGCACUAUAUACUAAAUGAUUUUUCGAUUAGAAAGGAAAAAAAGCCUGUUUCUGGCUAUGAUUGGUAUGCCUAGUGAGAACGGGUGCAUGGUUUCGCUAGAUCAGAGGCGCCAAAUAAUUUCAGUACUGCUUCAGAAAGCAUUGCAAUCUGCUGUCCUCUCUGUGGCACUCUGUGUGAAGUUAAACCAUUUAAAAUAAUGCAUGCUGGGAUCUGUCAUGUCCCGGCAUAUACAACAAACAAUAGAAAAGCCGUGUCUGAAAAAUUAACCCUUAAAGCAACACAGGCAUGGCCGCAUUUUUUAAAAAAUUUUUUAAAAACCCUCCCGACUCCACUACAUCUAAUUUCCCCCUUAGUCACCCCUAAAUGCCCCUAGGCCCCCCAUAUUACCUUUUUUUUUUUAAACCGAGGUCCUGGGCGCCGCCAUCUUUGUGUGGGUAGAUGAAGGCCCUGUGGGACAUGUCAACUGCCCACACUAGAUAGCGCUGUAAAAUUCUCACGCAUGCCCAGUUAAACACUUGGGCAUUCGCUAUUGUCUGAAAUUUAGACGGGAAUUUCGUCCAUUCAUUCAUUCAUCAGAAAGACAAAUGAAUGAAUAGAAAUGUCAGACGAACAAACAAACACCGAAUAUCAGUGUUCAUUCGUUCAUUUAGUUUAUUACAAGGAGGGAGCUACCGGCGUGCAGCUCCCUCCUUGUAAUAUGUAAAAAUAAAAGCGGCCACUUCCUAAGCCCCCAUGUUCUCUCUCACUCUAUGGGGGUCAAUAUGACAAGUAUAUUCAUGAAGUCUCUGAAUAGUAAUGUAAUAUCAAAGGAACCAGGAAAAGUAAUUUUUCACUUGUUUUGAAGGAGGUUACUGUAAUGUUGUGAAGGAAGCUGUAGAGAUGUUAAAGAAUCUGUAGAGCUAGAAAUUGUAUUUUACUUAGUUUACAGAUCACUCAAAACUUCCUUACUUGAAUGGAAACCAAGUCUUCUAUUUUAAUCUUUUUUUUUUUUUUUAAUAGGUGCAAAGUUUAAGAAGUACCUUGGUCACUCAGCCCAUGUGACAAGUGUGCGGUGGUCACAUGACUAUCAGUGGAUUAUCUCCGUAGGUGGAGCUGACCACUCAGUAUUUCAGUGGAAGUUUAUUCCUGAUCGAAAGAUGAAAGAUGUCCUGCAUAUUGCACCUCAAGGUAAUUACUCCACCAGGUUUGUGUCAUGCAACAGAAAGUUUCUCCAAGUAGAGCAGAAAUUCCAUAAUAUAGAUAAAAUUAUGGCGCAUCUACAAGAGGCAAACUUAUAAGCGGUUGUAAAUUUACUUUGGUGGCUAAUUGGUAGUACUUAAUUCUGUAUGGUGUGCUUAUAGAAAAUAAAUCCACAGCCCUAGUCUAAUGAAUUCAUGCUAGGAUAUUUUAUUAGGGAUUAUAGAAGAACAAGUGACUAUUCUUUGAAGAUCUUUGGUUCAGGAAGUUAAGUUGAUUGUGUAUUGAGAAGUGAUCAUUUUAUAAAAUAUCUUUACAAUUUACUGACUGUUCAGAAUUUGUUACUGAGUAGGUGAUAUAAUCUAAACAAGUGACUGUGAAUCUGUGGCUAAAUGGGUGACACCUUUCAAGAAAAGAAUUAUUCAGUAAUGCAUUAGUGAAAUGGUAACAUACUCAGAGAAACUGAUUUUUCUGUAAUCCAGAGUCAGGUGAUGAUGCUGCCUAAGGAAAUUAUUAUUCUGCAAUAUCAAGUGAAAGUGGGUGACACCAUCUACAGAGAUUAUUAUUUUGCAUGGCUAUAGUGGAAACAAGAUAUUAUUAAAUAUUCGUUAGCUAAAUUGUUGUGAGCCUCCUCUGUGUAAGUACGAUUAAGUACUCUGUACUGUAUGGAUGUGGUUGACACAAUGUUUAAAGAAAAGAUUAUUCUGUGGUGAAGGUAGGGUGACAUGGGGGGGAGAUUAUUCUGGAUUUUAUAGUUAAGGGUGUGGUAUGGCUUUAAGAAGUGGUGAUUCUGUAAUCCACAGUUAAAAUGGUGAAACAAUCUAAAUAGGAGAUUAUUUUGUAUUACAUGGUUAGAUUUGCAAUAUGGUCUAAUGAACUUGUCAUGAAAAACAAAGAUUACAUUAUACUUAUGUUGGGGAUACUAUCUGAAAAUGAGAUUUAUUUUGUAAUACAGCCAUUACGAAACUAGUCUAGAUACACCCUCAUUGGUCCAAUAUUUAGGAAUUUCAUCAUUCCCUUUGAAUUAGAAUAUUUAGAUAGCCCGCCAUAAGUAUUGCAUAUGUAUAAAGACUUCUCGAGGAACUACUUCUGUUGUUUAUUCUAUACUCUAUAGUUGACGUGAUGACUCUUCUGUUGCUUCUGUCAUUUAAAAUUGUCUUGCUUUUGGGGAGAUUUACUCUUUAGAUAAAAUCUGAAAACCUCUAAAAUGCAAAUCCAUCUUUGUGAAUCAAAUGUAGUAAAAUAUUUAGUGCUGAAUUUGUAAUCCAUUUUUGAGCUUCAUCUUCAACUAAUAAGCAUCUUUUGAUAUCAGAAAGUUUGGUCGAUUCCAACAGUGAUGAGUCAGAUUCUGAUCAAUCAGACGUUCCAGAGCUGGACUCUGAGAUUGAGCAAGAGACCCAGAUCACUUACCGGCGGCAGGUAAGGCUGUGUUAUUGGUGUUUCUCUGUGCUGAUUUCUACUAUUUGGAGAACUUAUCACAUUCCUAAAAUACUGAUAAUUUAGAAGGAAGCUCCAGGCAAAUUCCUCUGCCACUCUUUUCUAUCAUUAUGUCCCUCUUUUUUUUAGGAGCUCCAUAUAAGUGGUGUGUCUGAGUGUGUAGCAGAGCUCCACAGCAAUAAUACUCCCAGUAAUGUGUCUUUAAUAUGCAAUAAAUGUAUUUAUAAAUCAAUCUGUGUAAAUAAGAUACAUUGUUCUUGUUCGCAAUUAAUUACAUUUUAGUUGCAUUAAUUGUGCCUUACAAUUUCUCAGAACACCCCCCGUUGGCCACACCACCAUUCAUACCCCUAAUAUUAAAAUGUUCCCCUUUGUACAUUUGAAAUGUUAGGAGGUAUGGCCUAGAAUGUUUUUUGAGUUUUUUUUUUAAUUUUUAUUAUUAUUAUUUAUUUAUUGAGCCCUGAUGUAUUCUGCAGUUCUUUACUAUGUAUAAACAAAAAAUCUAACCAAAUAGUAGGUAAUUUGAGUUGAAUAGAAAUCUCUGCUCAGGAGAUCUUAAAAUGUAUAGUUGGUGGGGCGGGGCCAGGCCUCCCAAGAUGGGCGCACCUGCUUCACAGGAGCUCCUGCUAACUCAAUUUACAUUGAGCUCAAUCCGCUUUAAUUCUAUCACAGGACUCUGAUCAAUAUUGGCAAACAAUUCCUGCUGCCAGCAGCUUCAUAUCCUGACAGAUUUGGAGAGUCCGAGCGCUUUGAAUAGUUACCAAAUCCGACUCUAAAGCCUCCUGAGAUUGUCGGCCAACUCAGGAGACGCAGCCCUGCAAUCCACUGUUGUCUGCCUGGGCCUCAGUCCAUAUCGGGAAAUUUUCCCAAGCACAGCUUACAUUCCCGGAUAGAGUGUACUCCGCAUGGGAGCUAGCGGUCUGCGAGAAUCUCCCGUGGGCCUGUACAGACCAUCAACAUUGAUACUUGUGGACCAAGUACUGCACUGUGCUAGUGGGGUAGAAGUUGAGAGGAAUAGUCUCUUAAUACACCACCAGGAGGGCUGCAUUGGUUAGUGGGCAUAGGCUGGCCUCCCUCAUUGGGAACAGGACAAGUGCUUUGCUUCUUCCUUUAAGCCUCCAGGCUCAUACUGGGCAGAAUAAUGAACUCCUAAACCCUCAUUCACCCACCUUAUGCUUUUAGUAUCCAGUACUUGGUCCACAAGUAUCCUGUUGAUGCUCACUUGUUUAGUUAAUUAGUUUUUUCUCUAUAGAUGGCAGCAGUGCUAUCAUAAUCUAAGCUAUGAUAACAUGCUAUAUAAUACAUGUAUCAUAGCUUAGCAUGUAUUAUAUAGCUACAUUUCUUUCCUAUUUCCAAAAAUUGUGCUGUUUCGUGGCAUGACAUGCUAAUGUCUGGUACUAUCUGUGUCAUUAUUAUGCUUGUCGGUGCUGUUGUGGCAAGACAAGCUGGUCAACAAAAAUAAAGAAUUAUUAAAACAAAUUUAGAGUAUAUGGGUUAUUCCAAAAUAACAAAAUGUCAUAUAGGAAAGGUUUUACUCAAUAUACUUAUUUCAUAGUAGACUUCCCCUAUUUACCAUGUGACUGCCUUAUGUCUAGGUACACGUCGAGUGUAUAUUCCAAUUUCUGGGUUCCCAAGUCCCAGCAUUCACAUACAACUUAAAAAUAAAAUAAUUUCUGCAUUGAGCUUCCAUCAUUUUGUAACGUUCCCUAAACAGAGACCAACAGAACCAGCCAUAUCCAGAACUAAAGUUAUUACCUAUAACUUAUUUGGGGUUUUGUUUUAAAAGCUUAUGAAAUAUUCAAAUAUGUUCUAGCUAUAGCUCUUCUGAUUCCUCCUGGUCAGCAAGAAUGUUUCACUGGUGAAGAUCCCCUAGAGAUGUCUCCAUCAGAGAUCUAUGACAGAAUCACAAAUAUUCUGGUCAUGGAACAUUAUUAACAGAAAUCCUCUUUAUGAAAUAUCGUCAUGUUAGGUCUAUAAAGAAGAUCUUCCUCAGCUAAAAGAGCAGUGUAAAGAAAAACACAGAAAUGCUUCUUCCAAGAGACGGGAACGUUCUCCACUCAACAGCAUUCGUCUGCAUUUCGUUCACGGGUAGGCCUACUUCUUUAAUUUUGUUGUACACUUUGUAUACACAUGACCUUUUAUUACAUUAUGUGGCACCUUAUCAUUUUUGUUUUACUGAAUUGUCUAUUAAAUGCAGAGAUCAAUGUGGGUCAAUUUUUCAUAAAAAGUAAUUUAAGAAAAAUAUAUUUUAACCUGUAAAUGGAUGGAAUUGUCAUUCAAUGUUUACAGUAGAUGUAGCUAAAAUUAGUUCAUAAUAAAUUGUUAAUGGUCUGAAAUUAUUAUAGUUAUCAAACUUUUUUAAACAUCCAGCCACUUUAAAAACCCACUCACAGUACUCCAGUGAAAGACUGACUUGUUACCUGUUAAGUUCCUAUAUUGUGAUAGGCUGUUAUUUAGCCCUGAGCAGAAUUAGUAGCAACAUUAAGGAACCCCUUAAAAAUAAUCCUGAAAUAACUGGAUUUGUGCUUUUUCAGAAAUUACAUUUUUGUUUUGCAGCUACAGAGGCUAUGACUGUCGGAGUAAUUUGUUUUAUACUCAGACCGGUGAGAUUGUGUACCAUGUGGCCGCUGUUGGCGUAGUAUAUAACCGCCAGCAGAACACACAACGAUUUUAUUUAGGGCAUAACGAUGAUAUCCUCUGCCUGGCCAUUCAUCCACUGAAGGACUAUGUAGCCACUGGUCAGGUGAGUCUGACAUUCGCUGUGAGUGCUGUAUUACUACAUAAUCCAGAUAACCAGGACAAACGUGGCUCAUGCGAUAUUUGUCUAUUGGUGAUUUACCCAAAAUCUACACCUAAUGUCAGGGAUCCCUGUCCUCUGUUUGGGUCUAUUUGCGCAUUAAUGCAUUUGUUUGCAUUAUUAUACAAUAGUAUACACCUUGUCAUCCAUGCAAAAAAGCAAUGUAUUUUGUAUCUUAGAUUUUCAAUAUAUGUUCCACAAUAGAGGUCAAAAUAACUUCAUUGGAAAAAUUCUUCAAGACUGCUUUGUCUCCAGUUUGGCUGAUUGGCCCAAAAACCUGAAAUUUACUUUAGAUUCCCUGAAUUUCACACUUGAGUGAAUAACUCUGUAAAGGUAAUGCUAGGCACAUCAAAUUCUUACUGUGUAGUCUUUAUACAAAUGGCUAAAUGAGUUUCAUGCAUGAACCGGGAUAGUGAUUUAUUUUUUUAUUUUUUAUUUUUUUUUAUCUUCUAUCACUUUUUUUUUGUUUUGUUUUUAAAUAAUGUGACAUCCAUUGUAAUUGGCACUGAUUUUGUAGUUUGUUUGUUAUCUAAACACCUCUUACUAGUAUCUUAUAUAUUAUGCAAGGUCUAGCCCUGAAAAGGACUUGCCCUGUUCCUUAUUGUCUUUCAUGUUGAUUUGUAGGUGGGCAGAGAUAGCACGGUGCAUAUUUGGGAUACAGAGACAAUCAAGCCUCUUUCGGUGUUAAAGGGGCACCACCAAUAUGGGGUCUGCGCUGUGGAUUUUUCUGGUUAG